AUCUAGUUGAAAGUUCCAAGUUAAAAAAAGUGGAUGCACUUUUAUUAGAUACUUGUACUGGAGCUGGAAAUUUUGUCUUAUCAUUACGUGGUGACUUUUAUUUAAGUCAAGUAGAUAAUUUUGAUACAUUAACCGAAAGACGAGUUGCGUUUAAUUUUUCUAGAACUAAUACUACAUUAGAACAGCAUAUGUAA